AUGAGCAGGUAUAACAAUGGCGAUAUGUCAAGAGACAAACACCAAUUAGUUGGAAACUAUUCCAUUUCUCAGAGUCUAAAAGAAAGUUUACACAAUGAAGUAGCUGAAUCUGAAGAACUCGAUGUUUUACAAAAGAGAAUGGAGACAAGAACCAUAAAACAUAAGGAGUCUGAGUAUCAAGCAAGGAAAUUUGAUAGGCUUCAAAAAGAAGAUGAUAAGGCUAAUAAGAAGAGACCAUUACGUAUAGAAGGUAAGAUAGAAGAAGCAGAAAACAAACAACUUGUGAAGAAAAGAAAAUCAAGGUGGGAUGUUCAAAGCUAUCAGAUUCCAUCUGCAACGAAGACCGUGGAUGAAUUGAUUGAACAAAAAUCAGUUACCGAUGAGGUACCUGGAAUGACUUCUCUAAGAUUUUUUAAGCCAUCUGAUAGGGAACAUUUUGCAAUGACUUUAGAAAAGAGGCCCUUAGAAUCACUCACCGAGGAGGAACAAAAGGAGAGAGCAUUACUCGUUUUGUUGUUGAAAAUCAAGAAUGGUAAUGCUGCCUCAAGGAAGGCCGCCAUGAGAACACUGACAGAUAAAUGUCUCGAAUUUGGGCCUAAAUUAAUAUUCAAUCACAUCCUACCAAUACUGCUCGAUAAAACAUUAGAAGACCAAGAGAGGCAUCUGAUGAUAAAAGUCAUUGAUAGGAUUUUAUUUAAACUAGGUGCAGAGACAAAACCAUAUGUCCACCAAAUCCUUGUUGUUGUAUCACCACUCUUAAUUGACGAGGAUCCGAUGGCAAGAACAACUGGAAGAGAUAUCAUUUCGAACCUUGCAUCUGCAUGUGGACUAGGUACCAUGAUUACAACUUUGAGAGCAGACAUAGAUAAUGAAGAUGAGUAUAUACGAAACAUAACGUCAAGGACAAUGGCUGUAGUAACGAAAUCCUUUGGCGUCCCUAACAUGUUACCUUUCUUAAAAGCUGUAUGCCAUUCAACAAGAUCAUGGAGAGCGCGUCAUACAGGGAUUAAAACUUUUCUGCAGUUAAAUAUUCUUUUAGGUGUCGGAAUAUUACCAUAUUUAGCUGAAAUUGUAGAAUGUAUUGGUGAUGGUUUGCUAGAUGAACAUACCCCUGUUAAGAUCAUGACAGCCAAUACAUUAGCUAGUCUGGCAGAAACAUCUGCCCCCCAUGGGAUUGAAGCUUUCAACUAUGUUUUAGAACCACUGUGGAAAGGUAUAAGGACUCAUAGAAGUAAAGUUCUCGCGGUGUUUUUGAAAGCACUGGGAUCAAUUAUCCCAUUAAUGGAUCCAGAUUAUGCUGGUUACUAUACUGAAGAAGUUAUGAGAAUAGUGAGAAGAGAAUUUAAUUCUCCAGAUGAUGAAAUGAAAAAAGUAGUACUCUUGGUUUUGCAAAAAUGCUGUCAAACGGAAGGCAUGACACCAAAGUAUUUAAGAGAUGAAAUUGCUCCCGACUUUUUUAAAUACUUUUGGAAUAGACGUAUAGCAUUAGAUCUGCCCAUAAAUAAACUUGUCACCUACACGACAGUAGUGCUUUCGGAGAAGCUGGGUUGUUCUUUUGUAGUUGAGAAUCUGCUGCAACCAUUAAAAAAUGAGGCAGAGCCAUUUAGAAUAAUGGCAAUUCAUGCAAUUAAUAGAGUGGUAAAACAGCUUGGGACUGCUGAAUUAAGUGAGAGACAAGAAACAAGGUUAAUAGAUGCACUUCUAAUUGCUUUCCAAGAACAGAAGAAUUAUGAUCCAAUUGUGUAUCAAGGGUUCGGUACAGUAGCACUUUCAUUAAAUACGAGGAUGAAACCAUUUCUUUCCGCCAUCAUCAGUACAAUUUUGAAUCUUUUGAAACAUAAAAGUCAAUUAGCACGUCAAAUCGCUGCAGAUCUAUGUGCCAUUCUAAUACCUGUCAUUAAGAAUUGUAAUGAACUUGAAAUGUUAAACAAAUUAAAUAUUAUCCUUUAUGAAUCACUUGGGGAAAUUUACCCUGAUGUCUUAGGGUCAAUCAUUACCGCUAUUCUGAAUAUAGUAUCAGUCAUGGAUAUUGAGAAAAUACAACCUCCGAUAAAUCAAAUAUUACCGACUUUAACCCCUAUUUUAAGAAAUACUCAUAGAAAAGUUCAAGUAAGCACCAUUAAAUUGAUAGGAUGUAUUGCAAGACGUGCUCCUAGUUAUGUUUCUCCCAAGGAGUGGAUGAGGAUUUGUUUUGAAUUACUAGAAUUGUUGAAAAGUACUAAUAAGGCCAUUCGUCGUUCUGCAAAUUCUACUUUUGGGGAGAUAGCAAAGGCAAUUGGACCACAAGAUGUUCUUAUUGCAUUAUUGAAUAAUUUAAAGGUUCAAGAACGUCAAUUACGUGUUUGUACCGCUGUAGCUAUCGGUAUUGUUGCUGAGACUUGUGGUCCCUAUACAGUUCUACCUGCUUUGAUGAACGAAUAUAAGACUCCAGAAACAAAUGUUCAAAAUGGUGUGCUGAAGGCUUUGGCGUUCAUGUUCGAAUACAUUGGUGAACUUGCAGGUGAUUACGUGUAUGUUAUAUUGCCGCUAUUGGAAGAUGCAUUAAUAGAUAGAGAUCUUGUUCACCGUCAAACCGCAUCUGAUGUUAUUAAACAUCUUGCGCUUAAUUGUCAGGGUACAGGCCAUGAAGAUGCCUUCAUUCACAUGCUAAACUUAUUGAUGCCAAAUAUUUUUGAAACAUCUCCCCAUGUUAUUGUUCGUGUUCUGGAAGGGUUGGAAUCGCUAGGAACUACUAUUGGCCCAGGUGUAUAUAUGAAUUACUUAUGGGGAGGUUUAUUCCAUCCAGCCAAAAGUGUCCGCAAAGCCUUCUGGAAGGCUUACAAUAGAGCAUAUAUCGAAGAAGGGGAUGCUCUGGUACCAUACUACCCGGUAAAUAAUACAGCUUCAAUAGAGAUACCGGAGCUAGAUAUAAUUUUAUGA